CUCUCUCACCCCGGCAGGAAGAUGGUGUCUGUCAGUAUGCGGUCGUGUGUGUUGUUGGUUUUACUUCUGAACGUUUUCUACGACGUCGUCUCGUCGUUGUACUUUCACAUCGGAGAGACCGAGAAGAAGUGUUUCAUAGAGGAGAUCCCGGACGAGACGAUGAUUAUCGGUAACUAUCGGACUCAGCUGUACGAUAAACAGAGAGAAGAGUACCUGCCGGCCACUCAGGGUCUCGGCAUGUUCGUGGAAGUCAAAGAUCCGGAUGACAAGGUGAUUCUGUCUCGGCAGUACGGCUCGGAGGGAAGAUUCACCUUCACGUCUCACACACCUGGAGAGCACCAGAUCUGUCUGCACUCCAACUCCUCCAAGUUCUCGCUGUUCGCCGGAGGCAUGCUGAGGGUUCACCUGGACAUCCAGGUGGGAGAACACGCCAACAACUACGCCGAGAUCGCCGCCAAGGACAAACUGACGGAGCUGCAGCUGCGAGUGCGCCAGCUGGUGGAGCAGGUGGACCAGAUCCAGAAGGAGCAGAACUACCAGAGGUACCGGGAGGAGCGUUUCCGUCAGACCAGCGAGAGCACCAACCAGCGCGUCCUGUGGUGGUCUAUCGUCCAGACACUCAUCCUGGUCGCCAUCGGCAUCUGGCAGAUGAGACACCUCAAGAGCUUCUUCGAGGCCAAGAAGCUCGUCUAACUUCUCAAUGAGUGUGUGUGUGUGUGUGUGUGUGUGUGAGUGUGUGUGUGUGAGGGCUGCACGAUAUGAGUAAAAUAUGUAAUUGUCCUUAUUUUGACAGAUAUUCAAUCGCGAUUUGAUUGACGAUAUCAGAGGGGAUGAUCAUUUUUUGUCAUUGCGUUAUUCUCAUUUUCAUUGAAGAAUAUUAAAAUGGAUAAUAGUAAGAUAUUGAAAUGAUUAAAGUUUUUUUUUUUUUUUUGCGAGGAUCUGUACCAAACAAAGUCUGCAGGACAGGAUUUGGUCUCGGCAGCACCACGAUACGUCAUUCACAACAGUUUGACACAGAUUUUUGCCUUUUAACAAAUCUUGCGCCCCCUACUGCCACUUGGAUAUGGCACUGUAGUCCGUAUGGCGAUUUUUGAUCUGCAGCCCCCGUUUUUGUGUGUGUGUGUGUGUGUCGGCUUGUUUAACUAUAUUCGUGGGGUCCCGACAGCU